AUGUUUGGAACGCACCGCUGUGAGUUGACCAGGCGAUCCGAUUUCAUAAUCUCAAAGCCCAAGGGUGAAUUAGCACCGAUCAAAAGCUUGCUUCGCUCGUGGAGCACCAUAUCCGAAAACCAUCCAAAGUGCCAAAAGUAUCUCAUCAGCUUCGCCGUGGCGAAUAAGGAAAAAAUACGCCACGAGUCCCACAAGCAGUGGUGGAUCGUUCAUCCCUUCAGUAAGAUGAGAUUGUUUUGGGAAAUGGUCAUGGUGGUCUUGUACUUUUUCCAAUUCACCCUCAUCCCGUUUAUGAUGUGUUUCGUCAUAAUUGAACACCAGACGCGCAAUUUUUUUGUACUAAACCUGAUCAUGUCUAUCUUCUCCUGGAUCGACAUACUCGGAAACUGUAUCACUGGCUACUACGAUAGAGAAAAGGACGAAUUCGUGAUGGACCAAGUAACGAUUCUCAAGCGUUACUCGAAAAGGUACAUGCUCGUGGAUAUUACGUCCACAAUCGUUUACGAUUACUUAACUCUGUGGAGCACGCUGUCGCCGAGCGGACCCCUCGUAUACAUCAAUAUGAUCCCUCUGUUGCGAUUAAGCCGAUACUUCACCUUCAGAUUGUACAUACAGCAAUUCUUUCAAAACUACGGCGAGGACAUAUCGUGCCACAUGUUUUUGACGCUACUGCUCUACACAUUCAUAGUGCACUGGUUCACUUGCCUGUGCAAUAUCACACCUCGGAUCAUGCGCUAUAAAAUCUAUAACGAAGUAAUUUCCCAGGAGAGCGAAACUUGGCUGCUGAGCUUGAGAUUCAAGGGUAUCGCGCAAAGGUACCAGCGCGCGCUUUUCAUCGUCCUCGAAAAUUUCACGGCCAGCGGUUACGGCGGUCUCCAGCCCCAAACCGAGGGCCACAUCGCAGUUUGCACCAUCCUCAUGGUCCUCGGCAGAUUGUUCGAAAGCUACAUCAUAGUCAUGCUGCUGCAAAUAGUGGCCGAGCGAAAAGCCUCGGCGUCCAAGUACGAGCAGAUCGUCAACCAACUGUCCGCUUUCGUCAGGCAAAAACAGUUGCCUCCGUACAUGAAGCAGCGACUCUUGGCCUACUACCACUACCGCUUCCGGGACAGCUACUUCCGGGAAAAUAAGAUUUUGUCCAACUUGUCCGCCUCCUUGAGGGAAGAGGUGAUCCUGCACUCCUGUCGGCGGCUAGUCGAGAACGUGGAAAUCUUCCAGGACCUGCCCAAGCACACGUUGACCCAGAUAGUGGCCAAUUUGAAGCCCGAGCUGUACCUCGCCAAGGACAUGAUCAUCAAGGCCGGGAUGCAGGGGGACUGCAUGUUCUUCUUGUCCAGCGGCACCGUCGCCAUUCUAACGCCGACCGGCAAAGAGGUCUGUUUCUUGGAGGAUGGGGCGCACUUUGGGGAAGUGGCUCUUUUAGUUCAGGAUCAGAGGCGAGUCGCGAGCGUCGUGGCGGUCGAGGUGUGCGAGGUGUACAGGCUCGAUCGCAAGGACUUUCGUAAGUGCAUAGCCGUGCACAGCGACCUGUUUUCCAAAAUCGAGCGCAUCGCUACCGAACGCAUGCUGCGGACCUCGCACAUCGAGGAACAGCAUAAGCGUUUUUGGCUGCACGCCAAGGCCCUCAAGAAGGAGUUUGACAUAAACACAUUGAAAUAG